AUGCCUCGUCCACCUGCAGCCGACAUCGAGGAUUGCGCCCGGCAGAUUGCUGACGAGGUCAAGCAGAAGCUGAAUGAAGGCGCCCUGUUUGCCUCAGUGCGCAACGUCGUCACUGACUCGAAAGUUGACGGCACGGAAUCGGUGAGAAAGAAGUUCGGCGUCGGCACAGACACCGCCAAGACGAUCCAUGCGAUUGCUAGCAAGUCGUUGAAGGACCAAGGCUUUUUGGAGUUUCGGGCAUCGAUGGGAAAGCAGAUGAAGUUCUGCAAGCCGGGCAGAGAGACUGCGGCGAGAGCGGAAGAAUCGAGAAGCACCUACGUCGAGUUCGUCGAGAGCUAUAACCACGCCGGUGCCAUCAACAGGCCGAAGUUGGAACUGCCGGAGCCGGCCGCCAAACCCGUGGGAGUGAAGCAAGAAACGCCAAAGAUGGAGAGGCCGCGGCUGGUAAAGAUCAAGGUGCACAAGAAAGAGAAGAAGGCGGAGGAAAAGAGGAAGCGCAAGGAGGAGAAAAAGAAGAUGAAGAACAUGAAAAAGAAGCAGAAAGAGAAGAAGAGGCAAAGAAAAGAGAUAAAGAAGAGGAGACGGGCUGCUGAGCUGGCAGGUGAAAAGCUGAAGGCUGUGUUGCACGAGAAGAAGCGCCGACGAGAGGCGCCGUCACCGUCGCACAGCCGAAGCGGUAGCUUCAGCAGCAGCAGCUCCUACGUCAGCAGCAACAAGGGCUCAAGCCCCGACAGCUACAGUCCCACACGGCCGGCGUCUGCUCACCGUCAGCCAAGGAGGAUGAAGCAGGGGCCCAGCAGACCAGUGGAGACCGCUGGAGCCUCCGUCGGAGGCCCUGCGCAGCCGCCGGGGCAGGCAGCUGCAUCUUCGCAGCCCGCCACCGCAGGCUCGUUAGGAGGUGCUGUUCCGGCAGCUCUGACGACGAAGGCUGAGCAGUCGCCCGCGAGAAGGAGAUGGCCCGCCGCAAUGCUUUCCCCGAAGGUUAUCAGAGUGGGGAAGCCAACAGAGGAGUUGCGGGUCGUCUUCGUGGAGGAUCUGUCAGAUGAAUCUGCAGCCGACCCGCGACACCUCGAGGCCAAGGUACCACCGCCCAUCCCAGCGCCUUUGGCAGCUCCGCAGAGAGGUGAAGCUUCGGCGGCGUCCAAGCCGAAGGUGCUAGCGGCCUCGCAGCCUCCCGCGCCGAAAGUGACCCCGACGGCCGCAAAAUCAAAGGCGCCAACGCCAGGCGAACGGCCGGCACUGCCCACGGCUGCGAUCGCAGGUGAAGCUUCUGCACCUUUCGCUGCGAAGGAGCCUGCCAAAGGGCCCCCGACGGCUGCGAAAUCCAAGGCGCCAACACUAGGCGAACGGCGGGCACUGCCCACAGCUGCUGGCGGAGGUGAAGCUUCUGCACCGUUCGCUGCGAAGGAGCCUGCCAAAGGGCCCCCGACGGCUGCGAAAUCCAAGGCGCCAACACCAGGCGAACGAAGGGCACAGCCCACAGCUGCGGGCGGAGGUGAAGCUUCUGCACCGUUCGCUGCGAAGGAGCCUGCCAAAGGGCCCCCGACGGCUGCGAAAUCCAAGGCGCCCGUGGCUCUGCAGCCUCCGACGGCUAAGGUGCCAUCGCCAGUUGAACGCGCAGCACUGCCCACAGCUGCCCGCGCAGGUCCAGCGUCAGCACCCUCCGAAGCAAAGGCGCCAGCUGCUGCACGACCUGCCACACCCGCGGUAGGAGGCGUGAUAGACGUGGAACUGGCGGCACUGGAGUGUGUAGCCAUGGAUGUGGACGAAGACGACGAAGCACCUCUCAUGGCUGAGCUGGGAGGCACGUCAAGUGCCAGUGGCAGGGCCAGCAGCUCGCAGGCACUGCGAUCUGUGCUGGCGCCUUUCGGCGGCGAACUGCCGACCUUCAACGAGUUCAGUGCUGAGCUUCGACGAGGUCAGGCAGCGCGUAGUUCCGAUCAUACACAGAGCAUUCCGCGGCUUCGAGACAAGCGCCCGGUGAACGGCGAUGAUGUCGAUGCGACGCUGGAACAGCUUGAGAUACUGAACGACCUCCUGCAGAGAUCUCAGUAG